AUGGCCGGUUGGUUUCAGCUGCUCUACCAGGAGAUAGUGGACGUGCUGGCACGACCUUUGGCGGGCAGUAAUGACGAGGCCCUUCUCACGGCCUCCAAUUUCGCCGUCUACAAGGAUCGUUUGCGUCAAAAAACCUGCAACAGACUACUCGAUCCUCGAAAGCUCAACACCCAUCUGCGGAAGUACCUUCGGCAAGUUAACAUACAUCUGGUGGAGGAUUGUAUGAAGGCUCUCGAAUGCCUCACUAUGAACGACAUGAUGCUUUUUGUUCCAGCCUUCUUCUCCCGCCUCUACGUAAAGGCUUUCGUCUAUGGCAACGUCUCUUCAACGGGUUUUCCUAUGGGCGUCCUCUUGAAGGGUGGGGAGGGUGUUGGUGUUAUGGGUGGUUAUGAAUGUGAGAAGGGCGAGGCUGUGGUUGAGGGGUUGAGUGGGGAGGAGGAGGAGGCGAUGGGUGGUGGUGGUGGUGGUGGUGGUGGUGGUGGUGAGGUUGAGGGGGAUGGAAGGCGAGUGUUGAGGCACGAUGUGGGUGAUGUGAUUGGUAGUGGUGGGUGUGGAGUUAGCGGUGCCUCGUGUGAGGGCAAAUGGGCGGAGUGGCGACACAUGCGUGGUUGGAUGGUUGGGUGGGUGAUGAUGCGUGAGGAGGCGAAGGAGUUCGUGGACUACACGCUGUCCACACUGAAACCACGUGAGGUGGCAGUGUUGAAACCUUAUCCGAAGGCGGCGUUGCCGGCGUGCUUGAAUCGGUUGCGUGUGAUGAAUUUCAACAAGACGGAUGUGAACACGUCGCUGGUGUUGGUGAGUCCGUUGCAGGGCACUCCUUCGAACGAUCUUCGAUACGAAGUGAUGAAUGAGUUAUUGGAGUCCUGUUUACAAGAGUCGGCUUUUGCUUAUCUGCGGACGAGGGAGACACUGGGGUACGCAGUUGGCCUCUACAGUUGGUCAUUGCCCAGCACCACAGGUCAAUGCGGUCUGUCUGUGGGUGUGAGCAGUCAGGCGAACAAGUUUGACAGCAAUUUGGUGGCGGGACGUAUGUAUGCCUUUUGGUACCGAAUUGUGCCUUACAUCGUGCUUCACCUCAACGAGGAGGCCUUUCAAACGUCGGUGGAGGCACUGAUAGCUGCGAAUCUUCUGGAGGACGCAACAAUGAAGGUGGAAAUUAACCGCAACAAGAAGGAGGUCUUCUCGGAUCGUCCCAUGUUUGACCGUCGUCAAAAAUCGGUGGAAAUUCUGCGGCAAUUAAAGUUGAGUGAAUUGCAGAAGUUCUACAGGGAGACAUACUACAACUUUGAGAAGCAGCCAGCCUUGAUGAUCCAGGUUGACGCCCUUGAGGAUGUGUCAUCAGAGGUUUCACCAAAGGGCGAAAGCUUGAAGUCUCUGAAGACCUUUGACUGGCCGCUCUGUGUUGUUCCAAUGAACAAGAGUCAAGCCGAGGCUGAACAGAAGGCGGCUCUCGAGGUGGAUGUGCGCGAAGCCGUGCGUGUAUGCGCGCCCAGUCUGGUCACUGAUGCCGCCAAAGGCGACCACAUCAUCGGGGAGAAAGGCGUUCACGUCACUCUUCCACGGAUUGUGGAAAUAGCGGAGAUAAUUAUUAUGGCGAAGUUUCAGCCAUUCGAUUCUGUUGAUAUGAGUACUCUGAUUUCUGAGGCUGAAUUGGACUUUCAGUUCGAAAACGAAUCCAUUCUUGCAUGCUAUAGAAAGUUAAUGGCUUGUGUCUGCUCAAAGUGUGGCUUUACGGCUCCAAACAUGUCGGCUCUUAAUCGGCAUACUACAAACGAACAUCGCCUUUCAUUUUGCGAUCUAUGCCUUCGUCAUGCACAUAUGCUUCCAUCGGAAUUUGUUCCCCUCUCAUGCAAGGAUCUUGUUGCUCAUCGAAAGUGGGAUAAGGUCAAGAAGCGUGGCCAUCCCGUCUGCGAAUUUUGUGCGCAGACUUUCUACGAAUUUGAAAAUCUUAUAAUUCAUAUAAGGGAGGCUCAUUUCAUAUGUGAUUUCUGCCAUACUAUUGGUGUAUUUGAGGUUUUUAGACGUCAGCAGGAAUUGUUUUCCCACUACAAGCGGGUGCAUUUUGUGUGCCCUGAGUGCGAGUCUGCUGGCAGAAUGGCAUGUUUUGCUUCAGAGGAGCAGUUAGGGAUUCAUAGGAUUCGUGAACACCCGAACGAGUCAAAGAAUGACCCGUCGCUGUGGGAGCCUUUGCAGAUUCUCUACUCCAACCAAGGGCUUAUUGGCCAGCAUACUCGGGGGCGCAACGGUGGACGUCGUGGCCAAAACGCUGCAACUGAAGGUGGUGAAGCAGAUGGCCUGGUUGUGUUUUACCCUGCACAGCCGCGUGCUCCAAUGCCGGAGGAAUGGACAGUUACCGACUUCCCUUCCCUCACUGGAGAGAGGGCUGCGAACGACCAAAACGGCACUGAUAAUGAGGCAAGGUCGGAGGCGCAGCGGACGGCUGCUGCGGGAGGACGGCAGAUGCGGUCGCACGCUGAAGUGGCGAGUGGACUGAGCGGAAGCAGCUCCGUUAACUCGCACAACCUCAAGGACUUUCCUGCCCUCCCUUCAUCCUCCUCUGGCAAUGCGUCAGAAAAUCAGCCAACGUCCCAGCCAAAAUGGUUGAGGCCUAAGACGGAUUCAUCCGCGACCAUAGUACCUAAACCUGAUGGUCCAAGAUUAACUCAAAAAUCGGCUCCUAAAGAGGAUGAUUUUCCCAGUCUGAUCGGCUCUUCCACCGCUACCAAUCAUAUCGUACCAACGAAUUGGGGUGCGGCACCAAACAAGGUCACACCGAAGCCGAAGGAAAGCAAACGCCUCCCGACCGGUGAUGAUUUCCCAGCUCUAGUAUCUACUGCUUCAGCUUCUUCCACCACCACCAGUCAUCGUAUUCUUCCUGAACCUCGUCUCCCCUCCUACGUACUCCCACCGUCUAAGCAGACAGAAAAGGCCAAGGAUAGGAAAACGAAAUCAAGGGUUGUGGAACCUUCACUCCCUCCAGCUCCCGAUUUGGAACCCUUCUCCUCGGCCUUACUUAAAGCUAAAAAGAGCUCUUGGUGGAAUAGCGCCGAUAACGAUGGUGCAGUGUCUCGAAUGGCUAAGGAAGAGAACGGUGAGGGCGGUAGGAUGGCUGCACCAACGUACUCCCGAAUACAAACCGUAGAUCACUUUGAAUCUGCUGAAACUGCAACACCCUCAGCACCGCCUCCUCCGCCAGAAUUUUCGUCUAAAGACUUCCCAAGUCUUGGCGGUGGUGUAAAUUCGUCAAAGAAGAAUGUCUCUACAAAAUCCACCGCCACAAAGAAACCACAAGAAGUGAAAGAGGGCAAGAAGUCAGCUGCAGCCACACAGUUACCACAGAAACCGUCACCAAAGCCAAGGAAGGACGACACUGACGCUGGUCAUGUUCAGGCGCCUAGCCAAAUUCAGACGCCGUCCGAAGAACCGAAAAUUUUGCCGUUUCUAGAGGACACUGAGACGGUUUUAUAUGAGAAGAAUGUCUAUACUCCACCGCUAGACUAUGAGGCCAAAAAUCGGGAGGUUAUAACAGCAGCCGAGACGGUUUUGAGUGGUGAAGGCUACCCCAAAAACGCCUUUACUCGGUUUGCCAGUCUUUCGCGUCUCUUUCGACAUGGCCAGCUUUCGGCCCAUUCCUAUUUGGAGGCAUUGGAGAGCCUGUUGACUUGCAAGGGCGGGCUGUCGCAAACGGAUUGGCUUAGUUCGAUGAUCGCCCUCCUGCCCGACGUAGGCCUUCAGCGUGCCCUCCUUCGUGCCUUAAAGGGUGAGGCGGCGCCUCGAGUGCCCCGUGUUUCCACACCCGCGCGUUGUCGUGGCACUCAGACGCCUGUCUGGGCCAAGAGUGUUGUCGCUACCCUACAGGUCUGCUCAGUCUGUGGUCAGGUGUGCCAGCGCUCAGGCAUGCGUGAACACACAGAAUUGGCACAUAGCUGA